AUGUAUUUAAACGACACAGGCAUCCGUCGUUGUGGACCUCCAAGGCCUAGACCAAGAUCUACACAUCCAUUGCUGGCUCAAUUGGAAUCUAGCGCUUGUGCUACCGCAAUAAAGGACUAUGAGAAGGAAUUACUAGCGUAUUUCCAAGAACUCCAAGAGUGCGAUUUACCUAACCCAAAAAUGAUAGAUAAUCAACCUGAACUAGACUGGUACAUGAGGCCUUACUUGUUAGACUUCCUUAUUGAUCUUCAUGGCAUUCUCAGAUUAUCUGAACCCGUUUUAUUCUUGGCAAUACAAAUUAUGGACAGAUAUUGUUCUAAAAGAAUUGUCUUUCAGAAACAUUACCAGCUUGUUACAACCACUUCCUUAUGGAUAGCGGCAAAAUUUGAGGACAAAAAAUCCAGGACGCCAACUUUAAACCAACUGAUUUCAGCAUGUUCUCACAUUUAUGAUUCAUACAUGUUCAUUCAAAUGGAAUCUCAUAUCCUGGAAACUUUACGCUGGAACAUACGGACAUGCUUUACAACUUUCGACGCCAUUCAAUUGUGCUUCAAGGAUACCGAUAUAAUAUGGCCUACAGAAGACGUUUCUAUGUUACAGAUAGUUUCAAUCUUUUUUGCAGAGUUAUCAUGUUAUGACAAACACUACAUGGCUUUCUCAUCAUCAGUUAAAGCUACUUCUGGUAUCAUUUUAGCUUCUGUCCUUCUAGGAGAUAAUUGUUUUCAAAAGCACAUAUCCACCUUGUUGCUGGACUUUCUAGACUUGAAAUGUGAGAGUCUGGGUUUGACCGUGUGUCAUCAUAGUGUCGUUAGCUCUUGCAAGGAGAAAGACCCUUUUUCUAUAAUAUGUGCACCACUAUUAAGAGUGGACGAGAACACACAUGUUGAUAUAAGAAGGUGCUGCUUACUAUAUCUGAAUGAUAUUUUUAAACCCUUAACGGCAAAUAAAGAUCUACCCACGGCAUUAAUGAGCAAAUAUGAUAAGAUUUGUUUGCAAGACUAUAUCACCGCUUAUACAAGUCAGAACAUCGAUAAAUAUCUCCAUCUAUGCAAAUUAACACAGGCGCUUCUUAAUCCAAUUUAUGAUAGAACAAGAUUACUCGAACAGAUAAAUAUGGUCACUGAUAUAAUGGUGGGCUUGGAGCUGUGCCAACAAGGCCCUAUUCGUGAUGAGCUUCCGCUAAAAAUUUAUCAGAGUGUUUUACUUCCGAGUUCUGAUGAACUAAAGGAAGAGAUUCUCAAAAAUAACGAACUACAUGGCUCAAGCCGUUCAGCGUCGUCUACGGAAAUAACAUCUCCUUGGACCCCUGCUUCGGUAUUUUCAGCGAAAAGAAGUCUUUCUGAUGCAUCAUCUAUAGAUAACGAAUUAGAUUUAGUGGACGUUCCAAGGGCUAAAGAUGCCCGAGCACUCAGAUUACCGACACCACUACGAAAGUGUGUAUCUUCAGAUUUUGCUCCGAACAUUUAA